UUUCACUGAAAAUGAAGACCCUUUGAGCUUCUUGUUGAUUCUGAUGAAAUCAAAAUGGCGAAGGAGAAUUACCCACCAUGGACCCGCGCAAUACACAUAUUGACCACUAGUGGUCAGGAGGCAUCAUGGCUGAUGACAAGACAGUGAUUCCGACAGUAGUGGAGAUGGACGAACAGAUUCUACCGGAUUCUGAGAUAAUCCUUGAGCAAGUAGACGGCACUGAAGUCACCGAAGCACAAACAGCAGGGGGCAUCAUCAACAUCACCAAUGAUGAAACUGGCAACAUUAUCAUGCAGAUCCAAAAUAGUUCCACUGCAACUUCAGACGAACAGGGCAUAAUGACUACCUACAACAUCAAUGAAGUACAGGCUGGGGAAAACAUGAUGGAAUUCGCUCAGGCUCUCAGUGAACUCCAGGCAAGUGAACAGCUUUUGGAAUUUGCAAAUACAGCUCAUGAACAACAAGGUAAGGUUGUUAUUAACAUGCAGGAAGGCGAGGAACACCAGAUUCCCAGUACAGUCAAGGACAUCCAGCCAGAUGUGCAAAUGAUACAGAUUCCAUCCCUGAAUGUCAAUCUUGGCGACAAACAGAAAGCUGUAGCCAUUCCAAGCACAGUGAUGGAUAUACAGGGAAUGUCAGAUGGUGUCACACAAAUGCCUGUCAUUGUAAGUGACCACAAGGGAGAGACCAAAGUUGUGGAGGUUUUACAUCCAAAAUCGGAGCAGAUGAUAGAGACCCUCCAGGAAAAAACCACUCAAGCAGUAGCCACAGUGGAGGAGGGCACCUCUGUAACUAACGUACUAGAGGGGAUUGAUAUACAACACAUAGAGGACGCAAUUAUAGACAAGCAGAUCGUCAUUGAUGGCCUCCCGCCAAAUACGUAUCAAAAUUUGCGAUCUGAAAUUCUUGCAGAUGGUACAAUUCAGCUUUAUAUGGUGGAGGAUCCGAAAGAGGCAGAGAGUCAGGACAUGUCAACUUACGAGGAUGGGGCAUUCUACAUUCAUGAGAAGUCAGACAGACGUGACUCUAGUAUGCAAACAGCAAUGAUGUCCAUAAAAGCCAAGCAAUAUCGAGAUGUGGCUACACAGAUCACAUGUUUUCCUAAAUUUACAAGACAAGGGCUCUUUGAUGUGGCCAUCCAGGUGAGCAGUAAAGACAUUCGACGUAACCCGCUCAAAAUAUCUGGUGGUAAACAGCUACCGAAUGGUACCAAGAUCAUACAGAACAACAUCAAGACUCAGAAUGAGAGCACCGUGGUACUCAAUGCAGGUGAUGCAUCUCAGUUGAUCUUCCAUAAAUGUAAUAUCUGUGGUAAGGUUUACAAAAACAAGCUUAACUGGACAAACCACAUCCGAUGUCACGCCGGGGAGAAAGUUUACAUGUGCUGCCACUGUGGGAAAGUAUACCAAAAGGGAAGUCUUGCUUCGCAUCUCCGCACCCACUCGGAACUCCGACAGAUUGCAGUGUUUGAGAAUCUACCUGAUGAUAUGAAGAGGAAAAAUCAUAAAUCUAUUCCUGGUCUAAAAUUUCCAAAUCAAGAAGCCUCUAUUAUCGAAUUAACUAUUGCAGAUGUUACUACAGAGAUUGACGAAAGUCUGUUCCCACCUCCAGCUGCUGUUCCGGCCAUGCCUGGUUCAGACCUGCAGCAACUGUCUCCAUCAGAAGAAGUGUAUGCUGAUGCUGAUAUUCCUGCCAAGAUGGAAAUAGAAGCCGAAGCGGAGAUACAGGAGGGCACAGCCAAAACCAAAUAUAUCUACAAGUGUAACAUCUGUGGCAAGGAGUACAACAACAAAAGCAACUGUCAUCGCCAUCUGAAGUCACACACCAUGGACAAGAAUUACAAAUGUGGCUACUGCGGUAAGGCCUUCACACACAGAUAUGAGGUACGCAUGCACUGUCGUAUACAUACGGGAGAAAAGCCAUUCCGAUGUCCAAUUUGUACUCGGGGGUUCAACGAAAGUGGUAACCUGCGUCGUCAUAUGAAGAUCCAUGUCAGCGAUGACUCGCCAUAUAAAUGCGGUGUCUGUUUCAAAGGAUUUGAUCACAUUGUUCGACUGAACGCCCAUGCCAAAGUUCACACUGGGGACAUAGUGUGUGACACCUGUAACCGGAAGUUUAGCAAGAUUUCCGAUUUGUACCGCCACAUCAAGAUACACACAGGAGACCGCCCCUUUAAAUGUGAAUUCUGUGAUAAGACCUUCUGUCAAAAAGUCAACCUUCAGUCCCACAUGCGAACACACACAGGCAUGAAGGCAUUCCGCUGCAAGUACUGUGGUCUGGGUUUCAGUCGAAAAUCAAUCCUGCAGGUCCAUGAGAAAACUCAUGAAGAGGGCGAAGAGGAUGAAGGAACGGUGGAGAGAGCAGCGGUAAAGACGGGUAAGGACCAGAUAGAAGUACUAGAAGCUGAGGUGAUAGAACACAUGGAAGAGGAGGAAGAAGUUGUUGAGGAAUGUAUAGAGGUCAUCACAGCAGAGGAUAUUGUGGAGGAAGUCCCGCAGGAAGAAGGUGAACCUAGCGAGGACAAAGGCACUCAGAUGGGAUGAGAAACAGAUAUAGGUAAAAUGACAUAUUUAUAGUAGAUUAGAUCACUUGAGGAAUAUGUGACUGAUUGAAUGGGAUAUGUAUAUGUAGAUAUUGUAAAUACCACAACUUGAGAAAGCGGUUUUUGAGUGAAUUAGGAAGAAAAGAAUAGUAAUGAUAUUUCGGUGAUUUGGGAGAAUGAGGUAGAGGUAUUUUCUGAUAUUUAUAAAUAGAUGGUAGUAUGGAGAUGUACCAUAUGUAGGUGAGAGGCAAUAUAUAUACUGAAAAGAACGACAUAUGCGGUGCCAACAAAUAUCUAUGUAAAUAGCAUGAUUUGAGAAAGCACAUGAUGAGAAUGCGGUGAUCGAGUGAGGUAACCGUUGACAAUCCAAGGGAGUGAAGAGGAAUCGUAUAGGUAAGGUUAAAUGAGUUUAUAUUUUAUAUCAAAUUUUUGAAAUGAUGAUAAUAUUUGAUAAGUGUACUUCUUCUAGUGAAUUGUGUGAAAUUAAUUAUCCAAGAGAAAACUGUUUAAAUUUCUAAGUUAUUUUCAUUAUACACAUGUAUGUAUAAGUUAUAUAAACUGGGUGUUUUAAACAUAGAUCUAAACACGUACAGUAAACAGAAAUUGUUCCUGUACAAAUUUUUAAUUUCCAACUGUGGACAUUUAUCCUCUCAUGAUGGAUAACACAUGUCUUGAUAAUAGGAGCAGAAAGCAAUUUUCAAUCACCAGAUAGCAGAAAUGUUGUAUGUGAUAAGUAAACUGAUGGUACCCACACACUAUUUAGGUGAAUUUUGAUCCUUGGGAAUGUAAGCUGAUAUAAUGUCAUUACUACGGUGGGCUGGACAUUUAUUGAUUUAGAAGUUUUAGUCAAGACUUUCCUCUCGUGUUAACAUUCCCAGCUUAACGUAGAAAAAUAUCAAAAUUUAUGUAAACAGUUUAACAUUAUCAUUAAACAGUAAAUUAAAAUAAUUUUCUACUGCAGCUUAUAUGUUUUACACAAUUUUUUUUUGCAAUUAUUCUGGAUGUCAGAAAUACUCAUUAAGUUCGAUUUUCUUUUUUUAACUUCCAAAUUAUUUGAUGUCUAAAGCAACGCAGAAAUACUGGUACCCACUUACUGUGGUAAACUUGAAGUUGUGUAAUUAUCGUACUCGAUGACAUAUUACUUCGCCUUCAGGUAGUUUUCAUUUUGAUGCUAGGUGUAUAAUGAUAGAGUAAACCCAGUGGGAGACAGAAUAAACUCAAAAUGUUUGAUGGGUUAGGACCUGUACUGCUGUUACUUAGGACAAAGUUAGUGUGAUGUUUACUUGCCAUAUUCAUCCAGUAAUGGCCCAGAAUGGUGACUUACCGAAAAUCUCUAACUCAAAUUAGGGUUGGGCUUAUUGCUGGACAGUGAUAUAGAAUUUUUUUAAAUUGAUACUAGUGAACUGCAAUAGACAUUUGUGGCUUGUUACCAGACAUGGGCUAAUUGCUGUGAAAAUACAUUCAAUAAGGAAUAUGACAUAGGAAGUCUGGAAUUAUCAAGUGUAUUGUAGAUUCAUAUACCAUAUGAAUAUGCUUGGUACAGAAGUUAAUUUAAACACUCGCAGUUAUGAUUUUUUUUUUAAUUAUUUAAAUCACAUUGAUUAUUACAAGACUUCUCACAUAUUUUGUAUAUAUAUGUAAACAGUUACAUACUGUACGAUGUCUCUGUGAUUUGCUCCCCACAUUUGCUCAUCAGUGUAAUUGUAUAAAUUGUAACAAUGUUGAUUUGUUACAGUGUUUGUAUAUAUAUGGAUUUAAGAUAGGUAUCUAUCAUUGUGAUGUUUGUUAUCAUAUUUCCCUUGUUGUUAUUUUUACAAGUGUUCGAAAUAGAAAUACAAUAGAAUGAAUGCUUUUAUCCAAUAAUGUUGAUACACACUAAUGCUAAUUUUGAGAUUUGACAAUUAGAACUAUUUUCACAAAACUAGGCUGUUCUGCCUGUUUGUAAAUCCAGUAUAUAGUAUAGUGUUGUAUGAAAUACCAUUGCUUGAUUUAAUCAUUGGCAAAAACUGUACCGUUUUGAAUGAAUAUUUGCCUGUCUUGAAAGAAGUUUGAUUGGAGAGUUUUAGGCAUUUCUUAAACAUAAGUUUAUGAUAAAUAGAAUCUUCUAUUUGUAUCUAUGUUUUAUUGAAUUUAUUAAAUAAAUUAGAUAAUUUGAUUUUACUAAAGGUUUAUCAUAUUAUUGAAUUUGUUUUAUAAAUUUGCAAGGACAGUGAAAUUCUUUAUAUUUGAAUGGUAUUCGCCUGUCCAUGUUUUCUACUAGAUACACCAGGAAACAUGUUUUCACCUUGUAUUCCUACAAUAAAGUUAUGUUGAUAUUAAAA